AUGGCUUCGCCCCUACGAGCGUUUGCUGGCCGAAGCGCCAGCCGACUCUGUCUCCGUCCGGCUUCGAUACCGACCACCUCACGACCCUUCGCCACCACAUGCCACCGCAAGUACGCGACGCCUACGCCCGACCUCAGUGCUCGCCUCAUUCCCGUCGACGAAGACUUCAAGAACCCGAAUGAUCCGUAUGGCGCCCACACCCUCCAGGAGGGCCUCACGCAGAAGUCGCGCGACAACUCGGUCGAGGACCGCAAGGUCAGGCACUACACCGUCAACUUUGGUCCCCAGCAUCCCGCCGCCCACGGUGUGUUGCGUCUCAUCCUCGAGCUCAACGGUGAAGAGAUCAUCCGUGCGGAUCCCCACGUCGGUCUCCUCCACCGCGGUACCGAGAAGUUGAUCGAGUACAAGACCUACCUGCAGGCUUUGCCCUACUUUGACCGUCUGGACUAUGUCUCGAUGAUGACCAACGAGCAGUGCUUCGCACUGGCCGUUGAGAAGCUGCUGAAUGUCGAGAUUCCCGAGCGUGCCAAGUUCAUCCGCACCCUGUUUGGUGAGCUCACCCGCAUCCUGAACCAUCUCAUGUCCGUCCUCUCUCACGCCAUGGAUGUCGGUGCUUUGACGCCUUUCCUCUGGGGCUUUGAGGAGCGUGAGAAACUCAUGGAGUUCUACGAGCGUGUGUCGGGUGCCCGUCUGCACGCCGCCUACGUUCGUCCGGGUGGCGUCCACCAGGAUAUCCCCGCUGGUCUGCUGGACGAUAUCUACCAGUGGGCCACCCAGUUCGGUGACCGUAUCGACGAGACCGAGGAGAUGCUGACGGAUAACCGUAUCUGGAUUGAGCGUCUCCGUGGUAUCGGUGUCGUCACUGCUGCUGACGCCCUGAACCUGUCCUUCACCGGCCCUAUGCUCCGCGGCUCUGGUGUGCCAUGGGACAUUCGCAAGAGCCAGCCUUACGACGCCUACGAUCAGGUCGAGUUUGAUGUCCCCGUCGGCACAAACGGCGACUGCUACGACCGCUACCUUAUCCGCAUGGAGGAGUUCCGCCAGUCUCUCCGCAUUAUUCACCAGUGCCUCAACAAGAUGCCUGCUGGUCCCGUGCGUGUGGAGGACUACAAGGUCGCCCCUCCCCCGCGUGCCGCCAUGAAGGAGAACAUGGAGGCACUCAUCCACCACUUCCUUCUCUACACCAAGGGUUAUUCCGUGCCCCCCGGUGACACAUACUCGGCGAUCGAGGCACCCAAGGGCGAGAUGGGUGUCUACGUUGUCAGCGAUGGCAGUGAGCGCCCAUACAGGUGUCACAUCCGUGCUCCUGGAUUUGCGCACUUGGGUGGUUUCGACCACGUCUCAAAGGGUCAUUUGUUGGCUGACGCUGUUGCGGUCAUUGGUACUAUGGAUCUGGUGUUCGGUGAGGUUGAUCGGUAG